AAAGAAAACGAGGAGGAUUACUCGAGCGGCAGCGCGUCGCAUGUACGAAAGGGAAAGCCCGCCCAGCCACCGUUGCAGUUCGCCAAGUGUCAGAGUGCGCGGAACGCAGGUUGUGCUGAGAGACCAGGUAUCGGAGUAGUGGUCAUUCGGAGAUCCAACCGGCACGCGGACUUGGACACAUCGUCUUCACCCGGCUCACACACUUGCGCUGGACCGUUUCUCGCUUCCGUGGGUGAUCUUGUGAAUCGAACAGCCAUGCCGUACAUGCUGGAGAACGACGUGUUCGGAGAAGAGAAGAACUGGGCCCAGGUGACGCCGGAACAGAUUCGCGAGCUGCGUCAACACUUUUUGGACACCUGGAACGAGGAAGAUGACGUGUACUACGACGAAGACGUGAAGAAGAUAAAGGAGAGCGAUGAUUUCUGCCGGAAGAUAAUCGCCCACGUGCGGCUCGACAUGGACUUGGCGCACAAAGUAGCCGCAUACCAUCUCCGCUGGAGGCGAUAUGUCAAGAUUCAAGAUAUCAAGGAGGAGUCGAUACCUAAGGAGUAUUUUGAGCAGAAUGCAAUCUACCCUUACGGCAAGGACAAGCUCGGAUGUCACGUGUUGGUGCUGCGAUGCAAGAACUACACGAAGGGUCAGGCCGACGUGCUCGAGGUGAAGCGGGUGUUCCUGUUCUUCCUGGAAAAGCUGUACAACGAACACGGCGCCAAAAAGAUCACCAUGGUGUUCGACUGCAGUGGAGCGGGCCUUAGCAACAUGGAUAUCGACUUCACCAAAUUUAUCUUCAAUGUUUUUCUCAAGAGGUACCCACUGGGCCUUGGCUACGUUCUCGUCUACGACAUGCCCUGGUUGUUUAAUGCCGCCUGGAAAAUCAUCAAGGGCUGGAUGAUGCCUGAGGCCGCAGCCAGAGUCAAGAUGGUCGGCAAGGAGGAGAUCAAGGAGUACAUUGACCCCAAGGAACUCCCAGUACACAUGGGCGGAACGGAUUCCUACGAGUACAGCUACGUCCCCGGCAAGCCGCUCGGUGAGAGAGUCUCUUCUUGAAGGAUGGCCCGACGACAUUUCACCUGUCCCACCUGAGACUUCCGAUGGCGGGCGUAUGCUGGACGCCGUACUAGAGAUGAAGACAUCGGCCACUGAGAGCUUGUUUUAGAAAUGCUACUCUCACGAGAUUCGGUUUCAAAGGCGCUUUUCGCUUGCGCACUGCUGAACACACACAAAAAAA